AUGCAGCUCCGCACGCCGGGCGGUUGGAGAGUCCCCACAUGCGAAGAUCACCGCCCUGAAAGGCUCAGUUGGCUGCCGUUGCCACCCCCGGACGCCGUCGAAGAGACCCUGAGCGUCCUCAGCCUGAUCUGCUCGAGCUCGACUAUUUCAGGCAAGCGGUCAUUCUCUACUUCUUGCCAACCUGCCACCACGACCGCCGUCUUUGCCAUCCACCCUCGAACCAGCAAUAGACAAGCUAUACCCCCGUCGCCACCGCAUAUACACAAGAUGACGCUCGAUCUUCCCUCUCCUCAGCGCCAGGAUAGCUACCUGCCCAUCCCCGCCGAGUACGAGGAGGCGCUCCAAAAGGCGCAGGCACAGUUUGAGGAGCACAACGACCCGGCCAAGGAGUCCGAGUGGGAGGACGCGGGCGAGCGCGAGGACGUCAAGCUGUUCAAGAAGACCAACCCGGAGAAUGCAUACGACGUGCCCAUCGUCAAGGGCGUCACGCUGGUCGAGAAUGCCACACCGUCGCAGGUGCUCGCCGUGAUCCAGCAGCCCGGCAUGCGCAAGAAGUGGGAUCCCCGCUUUGACGCCGCUACCCAGCUGGAGCGUUACGACUCGCAGACCUACCUCUUCUACACGUACCUCAAGUCGCCCUCGUACUUUGUCUGGGCGCGCGACAUUGUGGGAGUGCAGCGCAACAAGGUGAGCGACUCUGGCGACCGCAUCACUGUCAUCCAGACCUCGGUCGCUGCCGAUCAGUACGUCGACGAGGCGGGCUCGUACUCCAAGUCGCGCACGCGCGCCACGCUCGAGGUGUCGGCCUGGGACCUCAUCCAGCAGGGCAGCGACACCAAGCUCGAGUAUGUCGUCAAGAUCCACCUCAACGGCUCGCUGCCCACCUCGGUCGUCUCGAUGGUCGCCACCGAGACGCCCAUGUGCGUGGGCCGCGUGCGCGACGUCUACUACACCAACGGCCACCUGCCCUACGAUGCAGCGCAGGACAAGGGCGACAAGUCCUCCUCCAACACCAUCCUCGUCUACUCCGAGUACGAGGACGGCGACGGAACCGAAGCCACCUCGGGAGAGAAGAGGUGGACCAUCUGGUAUCACGCCACGGGCGAGGACAGCCUGAAGCUCAAGUUCGACAACCAGCGUCUCUACCCGAGCCUCAACGUGGCCGUCGAGGGCGAUGCAGCUUCCGACGUCACGGCCGACGUCGACCAGGAGGCCGGUAUCGUCAGUGUCAAGGUCGCAGAGGCUGCCAAGGGCAAGGGAUUCUCCCUCGUCUUUACUCCCUGA